UUGACUCCAACGUGGCACAGUCUGAUUGGUGAGACGACUGGAAAUGGGAACUACAAUGAUUAGUACAACGCUACCAUCAUCAUCGCUGCAGUUAGCGCAGAUCUCGCCCGCUUUUGAUUGAUCUUUAGGUAGGUAAGUUGGUUACAAGUAGAACAAGGCCCUGGGGAGCGUGAGGCGCCUUGGGUUCACUUGAGCUGUUCCUUUCGCCUCGAAAUAUGCUUUAUGUUCUUUGAUUUUCUCAUAAAUUUACUUGUAAUGGGCACUUUGUUGAUUGAACAGACAUGGGUGAUGGGUUCUGGGCUGUUGUUGGUUGGAAGGGUGCUUGUUAUUCUCCAAUUGGUUACUGGAAUUCUGGGCUGGGGAAAGGAAGGCCACUAUGCUGUUCGCGAGAUAGCAGAGGGGGGAUUUUUUUAAGUUUAAUAGUUAUUAAUUUAGUCAGUUCGCGAUGAUCAAGAUUUUGCUUUUCUUGAGAAUCACUUUAAAUGGAUUGCUAUUUGCUAUUUGCUAUCUUGAUGGGUUUUACUUGGUGGUGGUGGUUAGUAUUUGAAGUAUUUUUUUCAUCAUUUUGAAGUUGCCAGAUUGAGGAUUUAAUUAAGGAAUGAGUGGUAACCUUUUAAUCCUUCAGGGCUAUUUAAGUGAAGAUGCUGUAGCUGCAGUCAAUGAAUUGCUUCCUGAUUCUGCUGAAGGUGACCUUGCAGCUGUUUGCUUUUCGCCUGAUGAGGUCUGAUUCCACUAUCGCUGGAGUAGUGCUUUACGCUAUAUUGAUACAGCCAAUUUCAAGUGUAAUUAUCAAUAUUGUAGCAAGGGAUUGUCAUGACUCUGCUGGACAUAAAGACAGAUGUGUAAUUGGAGCAAUUUUCAACUACACAAACCAACUUACAUCAGCAUAUGUUCGAAGUUGACGUACAAUUUAAUAGAGGCGCUUAUCUUUUUAGCCCAUUUUAUUGGGGAUGUCCAUCACCAUCAGCCCCUGCAUUUUGGUUUCACUGGAGAUUUGGGUGGAAAUACAAUAACAGUCCAUUGGUGCCAUAUGAAGACAAAUCUACACCAUGUAUGGGAUAACAUAAUUAUUGAUUCAGCCCUGAAGACAUUCUAUGGUUCAGAUCUUGCAAACAUGAUACAAGCCAUUCAGAAUAAUAUGACGGAAGGUUGGUCCAAUCAACUAUCAUUAUGGGAAUGUUGUCAAAAAAACCAGAGAGUUUGUUUGAAUCUAAAAAUCGAACUGAUAAGCAAAGAACUAAGGAUGGAUAGUAGUGGAGGUCUUCUGAGAUGGUCUUCGUUUGCAUUUGUAAUGUUCGUGGGUAUGGCCACCGUUUUAGUUCCUGGAGCUCUUGGCUGGAGCAAGGAGGGUCACAUAAUGACAUGUCGGAUUGCACAGAACCUUUUAGGACCUGAGGCAGCACAUGCUGUAGAACAUUUGUUACCUCACAACUUGAAGGGGGACUUAUCAGCUCUCUGCAUAUGGCCUGACCAAAUCCGGCACUGGCACAAAUACAGGUGGACAAGCUCUCUUCACUUCAUUGACACCCCAGACAAAGACUGCACAUUUGAUUAUUCAAGGGACUGUGUGAAGGAUUUGUGUGUUGCUGGUGCCAUUCAGAAUUUUACAUCUCAGCUUUUGCACUACAGGGAGGGAACUACAGAUCGCAGAUAUAAUUUGACUGAAGCCUUGCUAUUCUUGUCUCACUUCAUGGGAGAUAUUCAUCAGCCAAUGCAUGUUGGAUUCACCAGCGAUGAAGGAGGGAACACCAUUGAAUUGCACUGGUUCAGGCACAAAUCUAAUCUUCAUCAUGUAUGGGAUAGAGAGAUUAUUCUCACAGCUCUAAAAGAUUUCUAUGAAAACGACAUGGACCUCCUCCAAGAAACCAUAGAGGGAAACUUCACUGAUGGAAUAUGGUAUGAUGAUGUCUCAUCAUGGAAAGAUUGUGACGAUCUCCUUUCAUGUCCAAACAAGUAUGCUGUAGAGAGCAUAAACUUGGCUUGCAAAUGGGGUUAUAAAGGAGUGAAGGAGGGUGCAACUCUAGCAGAUGAUUACUUCAAUUCAAGGAUGCCAAUCGUCAUGAAACGCAUCGCUCAAGGAGGAGUUCGUUUAGCAAUGUUCUUGAAUGAGAUAUUUGGGGAUUCUGAAGAAGGGAUUGCAUCAGCAGCCUAAACAAUCAGCCUACCAACACGGGAACAAGAAAACAGAUCUCAUUUCUUCAUGUAACCACACUUGUACUUUUGUGCUCUUUGUUUAUGUUUGUAUUUUAUAAGUUGGGAUAUGGGUAGUAUCUCAUAUUUUAUUAAAUUAUAUUUUAAUUUAUAUAUUAAAUAGAUUAUGUUA